AUGGACCUGGUAUUGAACUUGAAGAGGACAUUGAUAUUAUUAGUGAAUCAGAUGAUAUCUCUAAAAAUACAGAUAAUUAUCAACAUGGGCACCUACCUCCAAUCUGCAUUGAGAUCUACUCCGUGAUCCAUGACAGCAUAUCUGGGACUGUGAACGGUCUGAGUAAGGGCCCUGAUAAUGAAACUAUAAUUAAAUUGACAUCGAUGUAUCCUGAACACAAUCAUCAGUUGAUUCCUGAAAAUGCUAGCUUUGCUACUAGCUAUUGGAAACUUACCACAGAUAUGAAGAAGCUUAUUAAAAGUUAUACAAUUUGUGACAUUGAUAUCUCAUCCCAGGUUCGUCGUACUCAUGAUAUACAGGGGUAUGAUACCGCAAAGCUUUUCCAACACUUUGAAAAAGAAUAUACCAAGAAUCCUGAUUGGUAUGUUCAAUCAUUAAUUGAUCCAGAAACAAAUAGAUUACAAGGU